GCGAACUCAAACUCGACAUCCAUCAAACUCCAGUAAGUCCUCUGUUUUACAGUGCUGCAAGUAGCAAAGAGAGAUCGAUGGCUCAAAAUGGCGGAGGCAGAAGAUGGUCUCUUGAAGGAAUGACUGCUCUUGUCACUGGUGGAACCAAAGGAAUUGGGUAUGCAAUAGUAGAGGAAUUGGCUGGACUAGGUGCAAGAGUACACACUUGUUCUCGAAAUGAAGCCCAGCUCCAUGAAUGCUUGAGUCAAUGGAAGAAGAAGGGUUUGCAUCAAGUCACUGGUUCAGUCUGUGAUGUGGUCUCAAAAAUCCACAGAGAGGAGCUGAUACAUAGAGUCUCAUCACUGUUUCAUGGGAAACUCAACAUCCUUAUUAACAAUGUGGGAACUACACAUAAAACAAAACCAACAACUGAGUACACAUCUGAAGAGUACUCGUUCAUCAUAAGUACCAACCUUGAAUCUACUUACAAUAUGUGCCAACUUGCACAGCCUCUUCUGAAAGCUUCCAGUGCUGGUAACAUUAUUCUUCUGUCUUCUGUUGCUGGUGUGGUAUCAAUUGGCAAGGUUGGGAGUAUAUAUGGGGCAACUAAAGGAGCAAUGAACCAGCUGGCCAAAAACUUGGCUUGUGAGUGGGCAAAAGACAACAUUAGGAUCAACAGUGUUGCACCUUGGUUCAUCAGAACUCCUCUGGUUGAACCUCUUUUGAGUGACGAAAAGUUUUCGGAGGCUGUCAUCUCUCGAACCCCAUUAGAGCGUAUUGGAGAGCCUGAAGAGGUGUCUGCAUUGGUGGCGUUUCUAUGCCUCCCAGCAGCCUCAUACAUAACAGGGCAGACUAUUUGCGUUGAUGGAGGGAUGACCAUCAAUGGCUUCUAGUUCCAAGCAUACGUGUGGUAGCUUUGUUAGUAUUGUUAUAUUUAUGUUUUUGGAUGUAGAACAUUCGGUUAAUAGUUUAGUGAGCUGGUUGUGUCAUUUCACUUUCUAUAUUGAUCGAGUUAGAGACUUAUGUUCUUU